CCUGAGUCAAGAAGAAGAAAAGUUCUCACUAUCUUUAGGAAGUAACCAACUUGAUGCAAUGUUGCAGUGAAUUUGCAGGCAAUGUAGCCCUUUUGAUUGUUAGACUGCUGUUGAUAAAGUAAUGAGGAAAAUACUACUGCUUGAUAAUUACAGUACCGAUGAAUACAGUAAUAAAAAUAAUGACAGUAGCACAGCAUAAAUAAUUACUGUAAAAUUAUUUGAUUUACUUUACUUUCUUUAAUCAGAUUUUAUUACCCUAUAAAAGAAAACACUGCAGAUAUUAAAGGAGUAUAUCUUUGUCCACAGGUCCAGUAGGAGUGGGUAAAACUCAAUGGUGCCAUCACACAGCUGUUCGGGCAGUGCUGUCUGGUGAAAGCAGUGGUCGGAAUACCUCAGUUAUAUACAUUGACACAGAAACAGCAUUUAGGGCUGAGAGAAUUGUCGAGAUAAUGUACAAGAGAUAUCCUGAAUCCGAGCCAAGAAUCUCGGAAUGUUUAUCCAAGAUCUUCCUCUACCAGCCAUCUACAAUCAGCAACUUGUCACAAUUGUUACAGCAGUGGAAAAGGAUGCUGGGCUCUUGAUUGUGGACUCCAUAGCAUCCCUGGCUCGCAAGGAGAUGAUGGCGGGGUCGUCCCAGGCAAACAGAGCUCGGGUCAACCAGGUGGCGUCUUGGGCUGCGAUACUCAAGUCGAUUGCAGCUCAACAUAUGUCUUAUAAUUGCGAAAUCACCUGUUGCCCCUUUUGCAGCGUUUACCUAUAUUAUUGGAGCAGGAGGAAUAGAAAUCAAAGAGAAUAGAACAUUUUACUCAUAUGCCAGAGCAGAUCCUGGGCUUCACAAAAUAAGGUACAAAGGGGAGUUGUUUUGUAACUACAAUUGUAUUUUUAUCAGUAUUGUGAAUAUUAUACUUGUUUUAGAGAGGUGGGUUUUUAUCUGUUAUAUUAAUAAAUGUGUAUAUUUAAUAUCAUAUUGAUAUUUAUGUAUUUUGUAAAUUUUAUAAGAAAUUCACAACUAUUAUUUUCUUUUUUAUGGGCCCAAAAUGUAUAGAAAGUCAUGCUUAUUCUUAGAAGAAGCAAGAAUAAGAAC